CUCGAUAGCAAAAAGGUCACAAUGUCCCCACCAGAUGUUCUCUUCUAAUAUUAGGAGGGGACUAGCGGCUACGGUAGGCGUGGAGGUUGCAGAAGCGGCGUCGUUGAAGCAGGAGGACGAGGAGAAGGACGAGGAGGAGGAAGAGGAGGAGAAGGAGGAGGAGGCAGACAAGGAGGAGAAGGAGGGGGUGGACAAGGAGGUCGUGGUAGUGACGCCAGUGCCGAGCGGCAUAAACUACUGCGAGAACCUCACGUUCAUCAGCAGUGUAGUUUAUCUCGGCGGGCAGGAGCUGACGGGAGUAGAAGGCUAUCGACAAUCACCUGAGCGAGACUCGACAGUGCCGUCCUCGGCGAUGGUAGGAGAAUACACCGAGGCCGAUUGGGCGACCAACAUUCUCGUUCUCAAAACGAAGUGUGGACAGAUGUAUCGCGUACCUUUCAUAGGUACCACGGCGACACCACGCCCCGAUCCUCCUCCCCCGGAGCCUUUAGUGCCCACACCAUCUCCCUCUAUCACUGUCACCUCGCCUCGGCAGUUCGUUCACUUCAUUCGACAGGACGACGUCACCUUCUUUAUGGCGGGCGUGACGGAUCUCUUACACUAUGAUCCACCCUGUCCCGACGCCGAGCUCAUCCCUUUGGAGCCAGAUCCUCCCUCUAUCUCCAUGGCUCCCAUCUCUACUUCCAUCCCUCCGCCGUCCGUCGAGUCCACCCCGCCGUCGCGAGCUGACGCUGACGUUGAGGAACUCGCACGAUAUACGGCUAACUUGGAGCCCGCAGUUCGUGACCUCAUCCGAGAGUACCACGACGUUUUCCCAUCGUCGUUCUCGUACGCCGGCAUCCCACCGAUGCGUGACGUCGAGCACUCCAUUCAGCUCGUGGCUGACUAUCGUGUUCACCACCAGGCACCCUACAGACUCUCGAUCCCCGAGGCCACCGAAAUCAAGCGUCAGCUUGAGGAGCUCCUGAGACUGGGUUUCAUUAAACCCAGCAACUCCCCGUGGGGUGCACCCGUCCUCUUUGCUCGCAAAGCAGAUGAAACUCUUCGUCUCUGCAUCGACUACCGCGGCCUCAACCGCUACACGGUUAAGAACAGCGCAAGGCUAGCACGGGUGCCGUCAAAGGGGGAGCGGUGGUUCGGGUCCAGGGUGCCCGAAGAGGACGGGGAAGUAGGGGGGGUUUGAGGAACCCUAGACCCUACAAAACCCCUAAGAAAACACUAACCGAGGUUUAAGGCUAAGGUAGGGUACCGGUGACCUAAUCAAGAAAGUAAAAUAGCAAGCAUAGG